CUUCUCAUGCAAAUAGAUCUCUUUUUUUCGAAAAAAGUUUAAUCGACUUCUUCUUCUUCUUCGGCUUGUGUCUGUAGCUUAGCAUCAUCAUCUGAUUAUAGCGUUUGAAGGAGAAAGAUGAAGAGAAUCUUUGGUGCGAAGAAUAACAAAGAGCCUCCACCUUCUAUUCAGGAUGCCUCUGAUCGGAUCAAUAAAAGAGGAGAUUCAGUGGAAGAUAAAGUUAAGAGGCUUGAUGCUGAGCUCUGCAAAUACAAAGAUCAGAUCAAAAGGACUAGACCUGGUCCUGCUCAAGAAGCUAUCAAAGCUCGUGCUAUCAGAGUUCUCAAGCAAAAGAAGAUGUACGAAGGACAACGUGACAUGCUCUAUAAUCAGACUUUUAACCUUGAUCAAGUUUCAUUUGCUGCUGAAAGCCUCAAAGAUGCUCAACAAACUAUGACUGCGCUAAAAUCUGCUAACAAGGAGUUGAAAGGAAUGAUGAAAACCGUCAAGAUUCAAGAUAUAGAUAAUUUGCAAGAUGAUAUGAUGGACUUAAUGGAUGAGAGUUCUGAAAUUCAUGAGACACUGGAGCUUGAUGCUCUUGAAGCUGACAUGGAAAACGAGACUGAAGCAGACGGAGUGCCUUCCUAUCUCCAACCCGAUAAGGAACCGGAUCUUAAUGAUGAACUGAACUUGCCUCCAGCACCAAUGGGGCAUACAGGAGCUCCACCCGGACGAGCUCAGGCUGAGGAUGAAUGGGGAUUACCAGCGGUACCACGUGCAUCACUUCGGGGCUAAAUCCCAUUUACACACCUCUUUGUGUGCAUAAACAUUCAUCUCCAGCGACUUCUAUUCGUGAAAACUACUAGUAUGCUUUUAUAUCCUUAUAACAGAUGUAAUACGUUUUUUGCAUAGCAGUUUCAUUAACCUUUGAAUCCUCAGAUUUGGCCUGUAUUGGAUUAUUUUAUAAGGAAAUCUAAUCGGGUAUCUACACAUGUCUACAGCAUCGCCUGUGUAAGAUAUGUUAGUGAGAAGUGAAGUUUUUGAGUU